UCCGUGUUGUGCCGGAAGAAGGUGCGUUCUUGGAGCAGCUGGUGCCGAGAGAAGCGGGACCGGCAAAGAUGAUUCAGGCGAUUCUGGUUUUCAACAACCAUGGGAAACCGCGGCUGGUUCGCUUCUACCAGCGUUUUCCAGAAGAAAUUCAACAGCAGAUUGUUCGAGAGACUUUCCAUCUGGUCCUCAAGCGAGAUGACAACAUCUGUAACUUCUUAGAAGGUGGAAGUUUGAUUGGUGGCUCUGACUACAAACUGAUUUACCGGCACUAUGCUACACUCUACUUUGUGUUUUGUGUGGAUUCAUCAGAGAGUGAACUUGGGAUCUUGGACCUCAUCCAGGUUUUUGUGGAGACUCUGGAUAAGUGUUUUGAAAACGUAUGUGAGUUGGACUUGAUCUUCCAUAUGGAUAAGGUACACUACAUCCUCCAGGAGGUGGUGAUGGGUGGGAUGGUGUUGGAGACAAACAUGAAUGAAAUUGUGGCUCAAAUUGAAGCUCAAAACCGGCUGGAGAAGUCAGAGGGCGGCCUUUCAGCAGCCCCUGCAAGGGCCGUCUCUGCCGUGAAGAACAUCAACCUUCCUGAGAUCCCCAGGAACAUCAACAUUGGCGAUCUCAACAUCAAAGUUCCCAACCUGUCCCAGUUUGUGUGAAGGUGGAAAACUGGGCUGAACUGGAGUUCUUAGGAUGAGCAAAGCAGUCAAGUCCAGAAACAGAACCCUGUUGAGCCUUUAGAGUCGCACCUUGGGGCCCUGAGCCUUUCACAGAGUGGGAAGGGAGUUGGGUGCACACUGCCUGGCCAUCCUGCUGCUCUCUGACACAUUUGGCUGUGGUAGACAUCAGGGCACUAAGCCAUUGCUCCUUUGCCUCCCCCAUACAGCUGCCCACAGGGCCAGGGACUGUGAACAAGCCACCUGCUUCCCAGGGCCCCACCACUGAGACUGAUCACAUCUGACUUCCUC